AUGACGUCUCCCCUUGAGUCACAUGAUACAAGCAGGCUAGCGAGCUAGGCUAACAUGCUAGCACCAAAGCCACUGUCACCCGCAGCGGACCCAGCAGGUAACCUUAACUGAGGAGUGGCUGCAAAAUCGGCAACUACCUGGGCCAUUGGAGAAAGUGUCAGGUCCCUUUCCUGCUUGCUCUGUUCGACCUAUCGAGUCAUUAAACAUCUGUCAACUAAGUUACCAGCAUUUUGUCGGCUUCAAGGCUCAUCCGCCAAUCAAGACGUCCAAGAACGGCGAGAUAAAUUGAGGUUAUGGAGUCAAACAGCCAACAUGGAUAGACUAUAGGAAUCAGAGGUACACGUUGAUUUCGUAAUGACAAGCUGGUGUGUAGAAGAUGUCCGCGCUGCCUGUGACUGAUAUCCCAGAUGUUGGUCAUGACGAAAGGAAAGUGUUUGACAGGCCCUCGGAGCUGCAGCUGGACUGCGCGGUCAAGAGCGCUGGAAAUGCAGCAGUGAAGCAGGAACGGCUGCUGUCCCUACCUGCCGGCUUCAUCACCUCUCACAAUGGCCCGUCAGUGACUGAGAUGAGCAGCCCGCUGCCCGCGGAGCCAAAUGACGUGAAGCUGGAUCCCACUGCAGGCGACAUGCCUUCCAACACAGAUGGACAGCCAGUGAAGAGGAAGAAGGGUCCCGCUCCGAAGAUGUUGGGUAAUGAGGUGUGCAGCGUCUGUGGUGACAAGGCUUCUGGUUUUCACUACAAUGUGCUGAGCUGCGAGGGUUGCAAGGGGUUCUUUCGACGCAGCGUCAUCAAAACGGCACAGUACUCCUGCAAGAAUAACGGCCGCUGCGAAAUGGACAUGUACAUGCGGCGCAAGUGCCAGCAGUGUCGCCUGUGUAAAUGCCGAGAGGCGGGCAUGCUGGAGCAGUGUGUGCUAUCCGAGGAGCAAAUCAGACUGAAGAAGAUGAAAAAGCAGCAAGAGGAAGAAACGGCCCGUAUGGCCACAGUAGUUACGCCCACGCCACUACAGGAAGUGGCAACGCUGGAUCCUGAGCAGCAGGAGAUGAUCGAGAAACUCGUGGCUAUGCAGAAACAGUGCAACAAAAGAUCUUUUCUUGACCGACCAAAAGUGACGCCUUGGCCACAGAGUCAGGACUUGCAGAACAGGGAAGUGCGUCAGCAGCGGUUUGCCCACUUCACUGAGCUUGCGAUCAUGUCUGUUCAGGAGAUUGUGGACUUUGCUAAGCAGCUUCCAGGUUUUCUGGAGCUCACAAGGGAGGACCAGAUUGCUUUGCUAAAGACUUCAACGAUUGAGAUUAUGCUGCUGGAGACGUCUCGGCGGUACAACCCUGCCAUCGAGAGCAUUACGUUUCUAAAGGAUUUUAGCUACAACAAAGAGGAUUUUGCCAAAGCAGGUCUUCAGUUUGAGUUCAUUAACCCCAUCUUUGAGUUUUCAAAAGGAAUGAAUGACCUGCAUUUGGAUGAGGCUGAAUAUGCUCUUCUCAUUGCCAUUAACAUCUUCUCUGCAGAUCGACCAAAUGUGCAGGAUCACGAUCUGGUGGAAAGGCUGCAACAACCUUACGUGGAUGCACUGCGCUCGUACAUCAUGAUAAAGAGACCAAAUGAUCACUUGAUGUUCCCUCGCAUGCUGAUGAAGCUGGUGAGUCUUCGUACGCUAAGUAGCGUCCACUCGGAGCAGGUUUUUGCUCUUCGUCUCCAGGACAAGAAGCUUCCGCCGCUGCUCUCUGAAAUUUGGGACGUCAACGAGUGACUGCAAACCUGGUGUCAGGCAGACUUUAUGCAGCCUGAGACACGGCAGGAACAUUGACUUCUUUUAGCAUCAAGUUUGUUUUUUGUUUUGUGUUUUUGUUGGCUUCCGGCCUCCUUCGGAAACGGUCUCGUUACACAGACUGCUAGUUGGUUUCCUGCUCAUAAGGCCAAGCAUGAACACUUAGUCUCCUUUGAGCUUGGUUUCCUUUUGUGACGAUAUUUAAUACCAGCAUCCUGCUCUUUAGACAGUUAUCUCUGAUUUAAUAUGUCGUUAUCGAGUUGAGAUCAAGUCGUCCUUGAACAGUUACAUCAGAAACAUAAUCACAACGCUGCGGCGGCUUCAGAUUUCUUUGUAGAAAUUCCAGCCGUGCACCGAAUUGAAGUUUUUCUGCAGUCGUGCAAUAGAUGGACUGGGACGCCGAGUGGACGGUAUCUGCUGGUUAAAAUGGUCGAACAUCUGGUGGCAACGUGCAUUGUGAUAAGGCAACUAGUAACUAGUGGCCCAGAAAUCAGAAGUUUAGUGUAGUUACUCAGGUAAAGAAAUGUGAAGUAGAACUCUGGGAAUUCGAGAUGUCUUUGAUUUAUUUUGAUGAGUUUGCUUCAGAGUAUUGGUCUUUUUUUUUAAUGCCCAAAAGCAUUGGUGUAAAUUGUAUAUUUAUUUUCACAAGAGAAACCUGUAGUGUGCACACAGGGAAAUGAUCCACAAGAUUGUACAAUCCCACAACAACGCACAAGAGUUUUGCGAGGACUGAGGGCAGUGUGACGGUGCCCCCAGUGACAGGAAAUUAUUUUUUGUUUGUUUUAAGCAGAGCAGCGGUCCUUGGAAAGAGGCGGCACUGAGUUGUCUGUAAAUUCCAUUUAAAUUUGAAAAGCAAAUCAAAUUAUACUUGGUAAGCAUUUUUGGAACUUACCAUGAUUAUUUAAAAAAAGCUGUUCUGAGAAAGUUACAUCAAAAUGAUUGUAGAAAGACAUUUUAAAAGAAAAAAACAACAAAGCUCUUGAUAUGCUAAUAGUCAUUACGUGCAUGUGAAACAGUUUUGCUAAUUUAAUUACAAAAUGGUACCGCUAUUUUCAUACAUGGUAUUUUGACUCCUGAUUUGAUCUGACAUUUUAAAGGUGUGGGAGUUGUAAAAAGAAGAAAAAGAAAAAAAAAAAGUUUUGACUGAUGUCGAGAAUUUUGCAACAUUUUAUUUUUGAUAAAUUACUGUAUGAAUAUCAC